AAAACCAAAGUUUGCUCAUGACAGGCGUAUCAGUUCUCAACAAUGUCUUCUAAUCGUCGGUGGUGCAUCGCUAUCGUAUUCCUUGCCAUGAUGAUGGCCAUGGUGGCAUCUCAGGGUGCCAUCUUAAGAGGGAACAAGAAACAUCCCACAUUGGACUAUCACUGCUAUGACGAUGACCAUGAACUGACCAUUAAAGUCAACGAAACCUAUUUCUCCGAUGGCAGUGAGAAGAAAUGCCUCAGUGUCUAUUGUCGUGAUGAUUAUGUUAUACGUAUCAAUGGCUGUCAACGUAGCAGUAAAAUUUGUGAACCCGACUAUACCAAACCCUAUCCCGAGUGCUGUGUAACGUCAUGUUAAAGUUCGUUAAAAAUUUUCUGCUUAUUAUUGCAAGUGCCGUUGUCGGGGUUUACACACAGGAAAUUUUACGAAAAAAAAACGGAAGAGGAUGAAUGAGAAGGAAAAUCAAGUGACUCCAUGGCACAAUAAAAAGCAGCUGAUUUUUCGAUAACCUGAUAUUAUCCGUGAUUAUUGCGCCAUAAUUCCCUACCCUAAUUCGACAUCCGGAACUUUCCCUGUGUGUGAAUUUCGUAAAUGGUCAGCAGUUUUGAAGUGAUUUACCAAUAAAUAAUGCAUAUAUAAUACACCCUUU